ACAUCACAUGAUUUUUGCAGGCAACAUUAGAAGGUUCGUUCAGUCUUUGACUGGUUGCCUCAUCUGGGUCAAGUAUAUACAAUUGCGCGUACUUUCGUGGUUCGCCUUCUUCUGGAUGCAAGGUCCCUGCCCUGUGAUAGAUCUGACCAUGGAUUCUGUAACAGUACGGGCCAUACCCAGGUGGAGCUUUAAUUUGUGCUCCAACUGAUGCAAAUGCGAAUGCAUUAUUGUAGGACCUUAUAUGUUCCAUGAAAUGUUUAGAAUCUGGGUCCUUCCCUGUUAAAAGUCGUUUUAUGUACUCAUAUGUUGCAAAAUUUUGGAUUUUGACCUUUCCUUUGUUGCAGCAAACUGUAAACUUUUUAUCGGUUGGUCUUUCUCUAGCAAAAUGCUUGGCAUUGCAAAAUUCACAAAGAACAUUCAUCUCCCCCAUAUUGUGUAAUUCCACAAUGCUUUCUUCUAAAUUAUCAAUUAUGGCUGCUCUUGCUGUCAUUUUUAGCACGCGACAUGAAGCAUUGGCUCGAUUUGUGCGCAAUUGCUCUAAUCUCUCAUCUCUCUCUUUGGGUGUUUCAAGUUGGCGUCCUGAUGAAAUUCGUUGAUUGUCCUGAAUUUUUCGUUUCAUUGUCUCUUCGUCAGUCUCUGUCAAUCUCACUACUGAAGUUCUCUGAGCAUUCGCUAGGCAACGUGCUGACCUUUCCUCUUCGGUCUCAGCUAACCUACUUUCAUUGUUUCGUCGAGCAUUCGCUAGGCAACGUGCUGACCUUUUCUCUUCGGUCUCAGCUAACCUACUUUCAUUGUUUCGUCGAGCAUUCGCUAGGCAACGUGCUGACCUUUCCUCUUCGGUCUCAGCCAACCUACUCUCAUUGUUUCGUCGAGCAUUUGCUAGGCAACGUGCUGACCUUUCCUCUUCGGUCUCAGCUAACCUAGUUUCAUUGUUUCGUCGAGCAUUCGCUAGGCAACGUUCUGACCUUUCCUCUUCGGUCUCAGCUAACCUACUUUCAUUGUUACGUCGAGCAUUCGCUAGGCAACGUUCUGACCUUUCCUCUUCGGUCUCAGCCAACCUACUCUCAGUGUUUCGUCGAGCAUUUGCUAGGCAACGUGCUGACCUUUCCUCUUCUGUCUCUGCUAAUCUGCUGUCAGCUGUUCGUCUGGCAUUAGCGUCUCUCCGAAGUGAUGCUUGCGACUCAGUUUCUCCUGGUCGUCGUCGAUGCAUCAUAGAAUUUUUAGUUUCCGAAUCAGAUGCUGAUUCAAAUUCAUCUCUGCAGUUUAACCGUUGCUUCUUGCGUACCAUUCUGAAUAACUGCCAACUUAGGGCUCAAAAUUGCUACGAAUAGCUCAAGUGGUUGCCACUUAGGGCUCAGUAUGUGUCUACAGAUAGAUCACUCAAAAUUAUGUAUAAUGAAUCGAAAAUGCCAACUUAGGGCUGAAAAUAAGUCGACUUAGGACUGUUUCCCGUGCAAAUGCAAAUAAUGCGAGAAUUUACGGGUUGCUUGCCUAAGAAAAAAUUAAUCAAAUUAAUUGGUAAAAAUAUAGUUUAUAUAGAAAUUCUUGCAAAUAGCGAAUUUUUUAAUUAGUGGCUGCAACCAUUUCCAAACAAAAUUCAAACAAAUCAUCAGUCAAAUUACCUACCUAAAAUGAUUUUCUGAACAAUCAAUUGGAAAACUCUUUUAUUUAGUUAAAUUUAAAUUUAGUUAAUUUUCUGUUUUUUGUAGUUUCCUGCACACAAAAAUUCAAUGAAAAACAGAUUUCCAAGGAAAGCUCAAAAUAAUUUCGGCAACCCAGUCUGACGACAUUGCACAGCAAAGUGAUGACCACUAAAAUUGUUGCUACCGUUUGAUUAAUUCAGCUUAACGUUGACAAAACGUUUUUGUUGACUGUUAGCAGGUCCUAUAAUUAUGCCUUGCAGGAGAGGGGGUAACGUAAACAAACGUUUCCACCCUGCCGACACAAAUUGGUAAAGGGAUGCAAAUUUCAGCAAGCUUUCACAACGUUCAGCUAACGUAUAACUGAGAGCCAAUCAUAAAAUUUUAAUUUUUUAAUGCUUUCACUAUUGGCCCUAUCCUGCAAUGUAUAAUUAGCAUUGGAAGAUUCGAAAAGUCUUGAAUCCUAUCUUUCAAUGGUAAGUUGGCACCGUCUGGCAAUAGAAACGUUCUGUCAACGUCGAGCUGAGACAAUAAAACGUCUGACAGCAGUUUAAUGCUCAUCAGUCGAUCGCCAACUGUCAGCUCGGUUGCCACAAUUUUUGCAGUUCCCUUGAAAAUUAAUUUCUACAUUUUGCGAACUGUAUUCAAUUCUUGAUUUACUUUCAUAUGGCUUAUAGAGUCGCUUCUGAAUUUUCUCCCAACGCUGUGGCCGCUGGUUGGGAUGUGGCCUCUACACGGCUCUUGAAAGCACCAAAUGAUCGAUUUUGCGUUCAGUGCGGAUUUGUUAUCCGGGGUCAGGCGAUGGACAAACCUGCUGUGUGCCCACACAAAAAUUGCAAGCAGCCUCUAAUCUUCCGAGCAAAUCAAUUUGAUUCCGCUAGCAAGUGGGGACGCUGCCGACAGUGUGACAGCUUUACUCACGCCGACUUCCCAUACUGUCAAUCCUGCGGUACGGCUAAUCGAGACGCCCUUUCCCGAAAACGCCGCUUUGAACAAAUUCAAAUUCAGAAACAGCAGCUUGAAGCCAAGCGACUGAAAGAAGAGAAUGACGCCUUGAAGCAGCAAACGCAUGAUCCUGAUUUCUUGUUAUGGAAAGAAGUGAAGAAGGAGGAGGAGCGGAAACGAAUAUUAGAAGAAGAAAAGAAGAAAAUUGAGGAGGAGGAGGCUAACGCUGAUGCCGAACAGGUAGCUGCCGCGAAGAAGUUAGAGGAAUCUCUUCUACAGGAUGAUGAAGAAAUGAAGGAAUAAUGUGGUAAAUGUGCAAAAUCAUAAAAUUUUAAUGAAGCUUUUUAAGUCUCCCUCUUAUUUGUAAUUAGUUUGAUGAUUUUUUAAAUUUCAAGAACUGUUUUUUGUUUUAUUUGUUUCAAUGUUUCUUACUUACUUUCAUGCUUCCUACUUAAAAUUUACACAUGUAUUUAUGAAAUAAUUUAAAUGAAUAAAACAUUCCAUUAAAAAUAUAUAAAAACAAAAUUAAAUUUGCCUUAGCAUUACUUUUGUAAAUAUUAAUAGCAUUAAAACUUAUUUUUAUUUCAUCAAGCCAAACACAUUGCUCAUCUUAUAUUAAAAUAGUCACACAUAGACAGAAAUGUUAAAUUUAAGAGCCGGGGCUAUGAGACUACUCACACGAAGCGGCAAUUUCAAACCUUAGCAUGUGUGGUCAGCCAACGAAUCCCGGCCAGCGAAAUACAUAGACAACAUUUAAAAUGCAGACUUAGUCACGUAAAUUUCAGGACACGUGGCGUAAUACAGGGGGUGUGCCUAGGUCACAGGACACGUGGCGUAAUACAGGGGGUGUGCCCAGGUCACAGGACACGUGGCGUCAAUCAGGGGGUGUGCCCAGGUCACAGGAUACGUGGCGAAAUUCAGCUGGGUAUGCGGGUUAUCUGUCAUGCCAAGUCAAUGUUAUUAUGUAUUGAUAAUGUGGAUUCAUGGGUAACGUUAGACUGUCAUUGAGUGAAGCGCCCAGUUCAAAAAAGCACACAUACAUACAUACAUACAUACAUACACACAGACAACACGGGGCUAUUAGUAUUUAGGAUAGCUGGAAACUAGAAAUCUCAUCUUCCCCCAAAAUCUGAUUUUACCCCAAAAAUCCCUACCUUAUAGGAAAGUGACACAAAGUCUUGGAAUUCUCUGAAACGUUCAAGAGUAAUUUGUCUACACAAUUUCAAAAAUUUAUUUAUUUUUGAAUUUUGUUCAAAAAUUGUUUUAUAUACUUGUUCAGCAUACUUUAAUUAGUUUAGAAACUCAUUUUCAUGAAAAUCUGGGCAAAAAAGUAAUUUUUAUACAAAAUUUAAAAAAUUUCUAGAAAUUCAAUUUUUCGAGACCGCCGCGAACAAAAGGUGGUAUUGUCGUCGAGAUUAUAAUAAUCAUUUUUAAACAAAUAUAUGAACUCUUAAUGAUAAUGGAAAUUUGCAUGACAUGAUGAAUAUAAUUUUUUGUAUGUGAUUUGAGACUGGUUCCCGUAGGGAAAUUUGAACGGGCUCCAGUGAGACUCGAGUUAAUUGAGUUUGUUGCCCAUUUUUAUCUUUUACAAUUUGUAUUUUUCUAAAGUUUUGACCUCUCCUCUCCUCCUCUUUAAAUUAAAUUAAUUUCAAGGUGUUCUUUUGUGAUUGGUCGAGAGGAGGAGAGGAGGAAGUGCUUUUGUAAAGUUAGCGUCGUUUUUUUGCGUGAUAUUUGUGCACAAUUGUGAAAAUUAAACAAUGUCACUCCAGCUCUCAAGAUAACAACACACGAUUUUUCCCCUCGUCCUCUACACUCUAAAUUUGUAAUUGGCUUUUGUGUAAUAAUAAAUGACACCGCAAAGUAACCAAAUUUUGUGACCACGUCGCCGUUCAUUUACACAAUUACGGUCAUCACCAUCGCAAGUUACACAAAGUCACACCACAUACAUACAAAAACACAUACAU